GUGCUGAAACAGCUUUGAAAUAAUGCGGCGACAAAUGUCUUAUCGUUUUGAAGAUCAAGAUGCAUCUCCUAUGGCCUUGCGGAUGAAUCGUCGAUUUUCACGCGUGGAGUCCGGCGCGGACCUAAAGGACUACUUCGAUCGAGGUGAUAUUGCGUCGAGGGAGAAUCGCUGGAACUUUGAAGUCGCAUGGGAGGUAGCCAACAAAGUGGGCGGCAUUUACACGGUGAUACGCUCCAAGGCCUAUGUGUCCACCGAAGAGAUGGGCGAGCAGCUGUGUAUGAUGGGGCCAUAUAAGGAGCAAUGUGCACGCACUGAAAUAGAGGAAAUGGAAUUUCCGCGCGGAAAUCCGCUUCUGGAUGCAGUCAACGCUUUACGAUCGAGAGGCUACAAAAUUCACACCGGUCGCUGGCUUGUCGAUGGCAAUCCUCAGUUGAUACUGUUUGACAUUGGCUCCGCCGCCUGGAAGUUGGAUCAAUUUAAGUUGGAGAUGUGGGAGAAGUGCAACAUUGGCGUGCCCCAUUUAGAUAUUGAGACAAACGAUGCCAUCAUUAUGGGCUUCAUGAUUGCCGAAUUUCUGGAGGAGUUCCGUAACUUUGCCAUCUCCUACUCCCAAAACAAUGAGCUCAGUCCGCCGCGCAUCGUUGCUCAUUUCCAUGAGUGGCAAGCCGGCGUAGGUUUGAUUAUAUUGCGUACACGACUCAUUGAGAUCGCCACCGUUUUCACCACCCAUGCCACGCUCCUGGGUCGAUAUUUAUGCGCCGGCAACACCGAUUUCUACAACAAUCUCGACAAGUUUGCGGUGGACGAGGAAGCAGGCAAGCGUCAAAUCUAUCACCGAUAUUGCUUGGAGCGCGGUGCCACGCAUCUGGCACAUGUCUUCACUACCGUAUCGGAAAUCACGGGCUACGAAGCGGAGCAUCUGCUCAAGCGCAAACCGGAUAUAAUCACGCCCAAUGGCUUGAACGUGAAAAAGUUCUCAGCCAUUCAUGAGUUCCAGAAUUUGCAUGCCGUUGCCAAGGAGAAGAUCAAUGAGUUUGUACGCGGUCAUUUCUAUGGCCACAUCGACUUCGAUUUGGACAAGACGCUGUACUUCUUCAUUGCGGGCCGCUAUGAGUUUGGUAAUAAGGGCGCUGAUAUAUUUAUUGAGUCGCUGGCUCGUCUCAACGCGAUGCUAAAGCACGAGAAACCGGACACAACAGUGGUGGCCUUCCUUAUAUUUCCCACCAAGACGAACAACUUCAACGUCGACUCGCUGCGUGGCCAUGCUGUAAUUAAGCAGUUACGUGAUACCAUCAAUAAUGUGCAGCAGGCGGUGGGCAAGCGGAUGUUCGAUACAUGCCUCAAGGGUCAUAUACCCGGCCCCGAUGAGCUGCUGCAAAAGGAUGAUCUGGUUAAGAUCAAGCGCUGCAUGUUUGCGAUGCAACGUGAUUCAAUGCCUCCGGUGACCACGCACAAUGUGGCCGAUGAUUGGAACGAUCCGGUGCUAUCGUCGAUCAGACGCUGUCAUUUAUUCAAUUCGGUUCACGAUCGCGUCAAAAUGGUCUUCCAUCCGGAGUUUUUGACUUCGACAAAUCCGCUAUUCGGUAUCGAUUACGAGGAAUUUGUACGCGGCUGUCAUUUGGGCGUCUUUCCGUCGUACUACGAACCCUGGGGCUAUACGCCUGCCGAGUGCACCGUCAUGGGUAUACCCAGUGUAACCACAAAUCUAUCUGGUUUCGGUUGCUUCAUGCAGGAACACAUUAGUGAUCCAAAAUCCUAUGGUAUCUAUAUUGUGGAUCGUCGUUAUAUUGGCUUAGAGAACAGCGUGCAGCAGCUGUCGAAUUUUAUGAUGGAGUUCUCUCGUCUAAAUCGUCGCCAGCGCAUCAUUCAGCGCAACCGUACAGAACGCCUCAGCGAUUUGCUUGAUUGGCGUACGCUGGGCAUUUACUAUAGACAGGCAAGGGUGAAGGCUUUGCAGGCCGUCUAUCCUGAUUAUGUGGACGAGACCACCUUGUAUGGUUCACGUAACAAUUUAGUCUUCUCGCGUCCACACAGCGAGCCGCCAAGUCCUACCUCAUCGCGGCAUACCACGCCUGCACCCUCGGUGCAUGGUUCUGAUGAUGAGGACUCUGUUGAUGAGGAAACUGAGCUGAAGGAAUUGGGAAUUAAGUAAACCAACCCCGAAUCCUGGUCGUCAGCAACUGGCUACACGAACAAUUCAUACAGCGCAAUAUUACCAUAAGUCUAGUAAUUUUCUUUCACAUGUUCAAAGGGCAUGCAGUAGUCGACGAAACGACAACGCCCACACGAAGAAACUAUCUACCUAAUGCUACAACUGUUUUUCUUUAACAAAUUUUUACGCUCAUAUGCAACAGUUAGAACAAUUUGAGAAUAUUUAUGCAAAAUGAGAAGAUUCUAUUUAAUGUUGUUUAGUCUAUAAGCAGAUGAGUCCAACACAAA